AAAAAUAGCAUGGUACGAAUUUUAGAAGGGUUUAUAAAAGGGAAUUCUCAUUCUUAGAAACUUUACAUUGUGGAGUUGUAAACUCACGACUCGCUACUCAGAAGAUUCGGAAGAUAACCAAAAAUGGCAGACAUUCUUGCUUCGUUGAGGUCUUUAAUGGCUUCUCACUCUCCGCCUCUUGAUGCUUUAGUUGUUCCUUCUGAGGAUUACCAUCAGAGCGAGUAUGUAUCUGCACGAGAUAAGAGACGGGCGUUCGUUUCUGGGUUCUCUGGAAGUGCAGGUUUGGCACUUAUAACCAUGGAUGGAGCUCGGUUGUGGACAGAUGGACGCUAUUUUUUGCAGGCAACUCAGGAACUUAGUGACCAGUGGACUCUUAUGCGUAUGGGAGAAGACCCUGCUGUGGAUGUCUGGAUGGCUGAUAAUCUGCCUGAAGAUGCAGCCGUUGGUAUUGAUCCUUGGUGCAUUUCAAUAGACACUGCUCAAAGAUGGGAGCAUGGUUUUGUCAAGAAAGGGCAAAAGUUGGUUCAGACAUCCACUAAUUUGGUAGAUGAAGUUUGGAAAAACAGGCCACCAGUGGAAUUAAAUCCCGUUAAUGUACAGCCUAUGGAAUAUGCUGGCCGUUCUGUGGAUGAAAAGUUGAAGGAUCUAAGACAAAAUCUUGCACAACAAACAGCUAGAGGCAUAAUUUUCACAUCACUUGAUGAAGUUGCUUGGUUGUAUAAUAUUCGUGGGAGUGAUGUGUCCUACUGUCCAGUUGUUCAUGCAUUUGCUAUAGUGACUUUGGAUUCAGCUUUCUUUUAUGUUGACAAAAGGAAGAUCUCUCCUGAGGUCAAGCUUCACUUGGAGGGGAAUGGUAUUGAAAUACGGGAAUACAGUGAUGUAAGUUCAGAUGUCAAAUUGCUUGCAUCUAAUAAUCUCAAACAUGUUGACAUCAAGACAGUAGGUAAUGGCACAUCUGAAGCAGAAGAGAAUGAUUAUGAGCUUGUAUGGGCAGACCCUAGUACAUGCUGUUAUGCUUUGUACACAAAAUUGAACUUUGAGAACGCCCUCUUGAAACCAUCACCAUUGGCACUUGCAAAAGCUUUAAAGAACCCAAUCGAGUUGGAAGGAUUAAAAAAGGCACAUAUUCGAGAUGGUGCAGCUGUUGUGCAGUAUCUUGUCUGGUUGGAUAAGGAGAUGCAGGACAAUUAUGGCGCUUCUGGUUACUUCUUGGAGAAAGAGAGUUCAAAGAAGAAGAAUAAUUUGGGAACCAGGAAAUUGACAGAACUGACUGUAAGUGAUAAACUGGAGAGUUUCCGAGCCUCAAAAGAGCAUUUUAGAGGCUUAAGUUUCCCUACUAUUUCGUCUGUGGGUCCAAAUGCAGCAAUCAUUCAUUAUUCACCACAUGAAGAAACUUGUGCCGAAUUAGAUCCAGAUAGCAUCUAUCUUUUUGAUUCAGGAGCACAGUAUUUGGAUGGAACAACUGAUAUAACAAGGACAGUGCAUUUUGGGAAACCAUCAGCACAUGAAAAAGCAUGCUAUACUGCUGUUCUCAAGGGUCAUAUAGCACUUGGAAAUGCUCGAUUUCCUAAUGGAACUAACGGUCACUCCCUUGACAUUCUUGCUCGAGUUCCGUUGUGGAAGUACGGUCUUGAUUAUAGGCAUGGUACUGGUCAUGGAAUUGGAUCCUACUUAAAUGUCCAUGAAGGACCCCAUUUGAUUAGUUUCAGACCACAUGCUCGAAAUGUGCCAUUACAAGCUUCUAUGACUGUAACAGAUGAACCUGGUUACUACGAGGAUGGUAAUUUCGGUAUAAGGUUGGAGAAUGUUCUUAUAAUCCACGAAGCUGAUACAAAAUUUAACUUUGGUGACAAGGGUUACUUAUCAUUUGAGCAUAUAACAUGGGCACCAUAUCAGAAAAAGCUAAUUGACCUGAAGUUGUUAACACCAGAAGAGUUGGAUUGGUUGAAUUCGUACCAUUCGAAGUGUAAGGAUAUUUUAGCGCCAUACUUGAACGAAACCCAGAAGUCUUGGCUGCACACAGCCACUGAACCUAUUUCAGUGUGAGCUUGACUUGGACUAUCUGUGUAAUCGUUAUGUUGCAUGGUCUCUUUAUGAAAUAAGAAUAAUACGAAUAAAUUGGUCUUUUUGUUAAUAAUUUGGAUAUGAAUUGAAUGAUUUGGUUUCAUUUGAAAAAUUCUAUUUUUAUUUUAGAAGUAAGUUUCAUAA